UAAUUAAAUGGACAUCAUGCAACACAAGUUUGCAUUUCCAGAUGGUGCCUAUAUCUAACGAUUUUUAACUAAUACUGUUCUGGUUUUUUUUAGUAGUCAAAACUUUCACAAGUUCAACAAAUAGAACUAUUUCUCCGGGAAAAAAAUGAAAACAGAGACUCACGUCGUCCUUGUUCCGUUUGUUGCAUUUGGCCACAUGAUGCCAUUUUACGAGCUCUCCCUCAUCUUAGCCAAGGCCGGUAUUCGCGUCUCUUACGUUUCAACCCCAAGAAACAUCCAGAGGCUCCCUCAACUCCCUCCUGAAUUAUCAUCACUCGUCACCUUUGUUCCUAUUCCUUUGCCUUCGCUGGGCUCCAACCUCUUGCCGGAAGGUGCAGAGGCCACUGUCGACAUUACGGCCGACAAAAUGGGGCACUUGAAGGCCGCAUUUGAUCUCCUCAAACAACCCUUCAAGCAAUUCGUCGCUGAAAAGUCUCCGGACUGGAUCGUGACCGACGCCAUCUGUUCCUGGACAGUUGAUGUCGCUGAGGAGUGUCAUGUCCCCGCCGUUAUCUUCUUCCCCUUCACUGCCGCCACCCGUGUGUUCGUCGGACCACCGGAAUAUUUAGUCGGUGAUGCUCAGAGAAGAGUGAGGUCGUCGCCGGAGGACCUGACGUCCCCGCCGUCAUGGGUAAGUUUCCGGUCAUCGGUAGCAUUUCGUCUUUACGAAGCAAUCGGCUUUUUUACUGGGUUAAACACAAGAAAUGCCUCCGGCAUUACAGAUGCUGAACGAGUCGUUAAAUCACUUGGAGGGUGUCGAGCUGUGGCGAUACGUAGUUGCAGAGAGUUCGAAGGAGAGUACUUAGAUUUGUUUGAGAAAAUUAUCGGUAAACCUGCGAUUCCAGUGGGGUUACUUCUCCCGGCAAAACCCGACAAAACACGAAUCGCCGCCGCUGACGACGGCGCGUGGAGUAAGAUCUUCGAAUGGCUCGAUGAACAGAAACCCAAAUCAGUGGUGUUCGUUGGGUUCGGAAGCGAGUGUAAACUCACGAGAGACCAGACUUACGAGAUAGCUUCCGGGCUAGAGUCAUCGGAAUUGCCAUUUUUGUGGGCUCUGAGAAAACCCAGUUGGGCUUCCGACGAUCUCGAUGCUCUCCCGCCGAAAUUCAAUUGCCGUAUCUCCGGCAGAGGUAAAGUCUGCAUCGGAUGGGCACCGCAGAUUGAGAUUCUGGCUCACCCAUCGAUAGGAGGCUCGUUGUUUCACGCCGGAUGGGGUUCGGUGAUCGAAACAUUGCAAUUCGGGCAUUGUAUGGUUGUUUUGCCACAGAUCUUCGAUCAGCCAUUGAAUGCGAGGUUGUUGGUGGAGAAAGGCUUGGCAAUUGAAGUGAAGAGAGGUGACGAUGGGUCGUUUAACGGGAACGACAUAGCUCGGUGUCUGAGAAAAGCUAUGAUUUCUGAGGAAGGAGACGAAAUGAGAGCUCAGGUGAAAAAAGCUGCUGAAAUUUUUGGAGAUCGAAAGCUUCAUGAGGAAUAUGUUGCUGGUUUUGUUGAGUAUCUUAAAACUGAGAAGUCACGUUUGGGUGUCUAAAGGUUGAAAGCAAGGAGUCCGGAUUCUCAGUAGCACUUUCCUGCCGCCCACCAAAACAUUGUCGUUUUGGAGGUUUUUUUUUUUUUUUUCUUUCUCUUUCUCUUUCUUUCUUUCUUUCUUAUCAUCAACAUUGGGCACUAUGUUGCUGAUACAUCAACACUGGUACACUGGCAUGUUGCUGUCUCUCACCGAUGAUUAACUCUCUCUCUCUCUCUCCCUCUCUUCCUUGUAUGUCUUCCUCUUCUUUUCUCCGUAUUUUUCAAAUCAUCAUACCCACUGAAAGAAAACAAAAACAAAAACAAAAACAAAAAAAAAAAAAAAGAAGAAGAAGAAAAUAAAACUGAAUGUUGAAGCUUGAUUAUCUCAUCCAACUCGGUUUCGAACAUCAUCUCCAUGACAGCAAACGGAGCUCUCUCACAACGAAAUAUUGUUUAGAUUCUAGCUCUCUCUCACAGCGUUCAUUGAUUCAAAUGUCAUUGGGGAGCUUUCAUCAAAAAAUCGAAGAAAUCAAUUUAAAAGUUGAAGCUGGCCAGCAAAAUAAAAAUUUAUAUUUUAGAUGUUUAUUCUCUUCCUUUUCUUUUUUUUAAAAAAAAAAAAAUGAUUUAUCAAUUUGUGGGUUUGUAGUGAUUUUUUGUUGAGUAGUUUGUGAAUGUUAGAUGUUUGUUGAAACACCUCAAUGAUACGUUAAUGUUAAAUACAUGUUCAAAGUGUGAACCAUGGCUCUGAUGCACUUUUGACAAAAUUGUUAGUCAGCUCCAUGUCCUCCUACGAAUCAGACUCUAUCGCCGCCUCACCUCGCCUUGCCUCCGUCGCCUAUCCGUUCGUCACCUCUGUCCCCUUGCCUCGCCUUGCCUUUCCUUUCCUUGCCUCGCCUCUCUCUCUUGUCCAGAUCUGC